ACGUUUGUUUGAAACACAACGUUUUAUUUUAAACCGUGUUUAUAAAAAUUUGCGAUUUUUUUUUAUUUUUUUGUUUGAGAAAAUUUUUCUAAAUACAUAAUUAUGAGUCCACCAUUAACAACAACAUCAGCUCCAUUAAAUGGACAUGGAUUUAUGGAAAUGUCAUCGGCAUCAUCAACAACAUCUAAUAAAUUAAAUUAUUUUUCUAUGUUGAACCUUGAUAAUCCCGUAUUUUGUUGUUUUCUUUUUUGGACAAGCGUUUUAGUGAUAAAAAUGCUUUUAAUGUCAUUAUUGACGGCAUUGCAACGUUUUCGCUUUAAAAUAUUGCGGCUAUUUCCUAAUGCUUUUAUAAAAAAGGUUUUUCCCAACCAAGAGGAUUUAUUUUUUGAUAAUAUAGUAGUACAAUUCGAUGAUCCUCAUGUAGAAAGAGUAAGAAGAGCCCAUCGCAAUGAUAUGGAAAAUAUUCUACCUUAUUUUACUAUGUGUUUAAUGUAUAUCUGCACUGAUCCUUCACCGGCUAUAGCUUGCAACCUAUUCCGUGUAGCUUCCAUAGCUCGUAUUAUACACACAUUGGUGUAUGCCUUCUAUCCAGUGCCUCAACCUUCCAGAGUUUUGUCAUGGGGUUUAAUGUUUGUCAUUACUUUGUAUAUGGCCGGUGAUGUCGGUUUACAAAUGAUCAAAUACAUUUAAGUUGAUUUUAAAUUCUCAAUCACAUGUCUAUUGUAUUUUAUGAAUUAUGAUUUUUUUUAAGCUUCGAUAAUUUAUCUUUUAUUUUAAGAAAACACUGCCGUUCUAAUGACUAAUAACGAAUAAAACUAAAAAACGAAAAACAA